CCUUAACCCUCUUUACUCUUGAGUCUUCAACCCAACAUAAACAUGUAAAAAAACAAUGACUUUAGCCUUUAGGUGUGUGUGUGUGGAGGGCCCCCACCACCUCAAACACCUCAACUCUUAUUACCCACUUACACUAUCCACCUGCCACCCUACCUUCCUCCGUCCUAGGCGGGCCGUUCCUCUUUUAUCCCUUUUACCCUCCCCACCUUCUUCCCCAAAAUCCCCCUUUUUUUUUUCUCUCUCUCUCUCCUCCAAUGACCUCCUCUUCUCCUCCUCCACAUCUUUCCUCCGAUUUCAUGGACCCACCUUUAGGCGUCCCUCUUCUCUUACCACCACCUCCACCACCACCACCACCACAACCACCUUCAUCUCGCCGUCUUCCUCCGCCGUGUUGGACACCCGACGAAACUUCCGCUCUUAUCGACGCUUAUCGUGAAAAAUGGUACUCACUCCGUCGUGGAAACCUCCGUGCUGCUCAUUGGCAAGAUGUUGCUGAUGAUGUUCAUCGUCGUUGUCCUCAUGUUGUUCUUCCUAAAACGGCUGUUCAAUGUCGUCAUAAGAUGGAGAAGCUUCGUAAACGUUAUCGUACUGAGCUUCAGCGUGCUAAGUCUAUUCCUCAUCAUCGAUUUUCGUCUUCUUGGGUUUAUUUUUAUAAGAUGGAUUCUAUGGAGAAAGGUGAUGAUGCUGCAUCUUCUUCUCUUAUUUUAGCUGAUGUUAAUAAUAAUAAUGAUAAUAAUAGUGUUUCUACUGUUGUUGUCGCUGCUAAUCAUCAUAAUGAUGCGGUCAAUCAUGGAUUUGAUGAUGUUGAUGAUGAUGUUGAUGGUGAUGGUGAUGAUGGUGGUGAUUGUGAUGAUGUUGAUGAUGAGGAUUAUAGUGUUGGUGGUUCUUUUAAGAGGAAUGGGUUGAGGAUUCGGAUUGCUGGGAAUUCUAGGAAAAGUUAUGCCGGAUUUGAUGAAAAUCCGAACCCUAACCCUAACUCUAAUUCUAACUAUAACCCUAAUUGCAACAUUAAGUUUCGGCGUCAGAUGAUGUUGAGGUGUAAUAAUGAAUUUGCGACACCGCCAAAGUAUGAGGAAGGAGGGAGGUAUAGGAAUGGAGUUUUGAGGAAUGGGAGUAAUGGUGGAGGUGGAUCUACUUCAGGGAUGGGGUUGGGGAUGGGGAUGAGUGUGAUGGCGAAGAAGAAGAGGAGUGUGUUGGGGAAGAGAGAGAGGGAGAUGCAGAGGGAUGGGGAGAAGGAGAGGGAUGGGGAAAGGAGUGGGGGAGAUAAAGCGACGAUGGCGAUGGUGGAGGCGAUACGAGUAUUGGGAGAAGGGUUUGUGAGGGUGGAGAAGAUGAAGAUGGAGAUGAUGAGGGAAACAGAGAGGGUUAGGAUGGAGAAUGAGAUGAGGCGUACUGAGAUGAUUCUUCAGUCUCAGCAACACAUUGUUGAGGCUUUUGCUAAAGGAUGGGCUGAUCUAGUUGUUAACAACGACGAUGAUGACAAUGAUGACAAGAACAACAACAAAGAUGCCUCUUCAUGAAUGCUAAUAUACCCAUUGAAUCAAUACAAUACAAUCCCUGGUAAAAUUAGAGUUUUUUUAAAAGGUGAUUGAAUUUGUUAGUAUAGAAUCUGGGGAGAUUGAAAGAGAGUUGUAUGUUUGGGAUAUUAUGCAUUUUGUAGUAAGAUAGAUGCUCAAAGAGUAUAAUUGUGAAUUUUUUCUCAGAUUAGUUAGUUUUUGAUUUGGAAUUUGGAAUUGCUCCAUAUCAUAUGUGUGUAGAUUUGUAUUGUUUAGUGUAGUUUUUUACUAGCUGUUAAUCUGUAACCUAAAUUGUGAAACGAUUUAGAUCUGAUUUCUGGUGUUAACUUGCUCAGUUUGCUUUGAA